AUGACGCCGCCGCCCAUCUUCGAACCCGCGGGGGACUGGUUCGACCCGGAGAUACGCCGUUUCGUCAGGAUCGACGCCGCGGACCCGCCGCCGAAGCGUGCCGCGCUUUUCGUCGGCAGCUCCAUCUUCCGAGAGUGGCGAGAGAUUCGAGAUUUCGACGCCGACUUCGCGCCGACGCGCGUGAUUAACCGCGCGUUCGGCGGGUCCACGACCGAAGAUCUGCUCCGCGUCGUGGACGCGAUCGCGACGCCGCACGACCCGGAGAUUAUCGUGUACUACUGCGGCAGCAACGACGUGAACGAGGGGCGCGGCGCGGCGGCGAUUCGCGACGCCUUCGCCGCGUUUUGCGACAGAGGUGAGACUGCUUCCCAUACGACCCCGUUCGCGUGGUGCACGCCGUUCCUUAAGGACUUUUCCCGUCGUCACUCUUCACCCGCGCUUCCCUUUCAACGUUUGACCGUCGGACCGCGCGUCGAGCGGAUUCUCUUCGUGUCGGUGUGCAAGGCGCCGCAGAAGAUGCCGGUUUGGGACGAGGUGGACGCGGUCAACGACGCGAUGAGGGCGCACUGCGCCGCGAACGCGCCGCGGUUGACGUACGUGGAGGUGAACCCCGGGCUCUUCGAGGAGGGAUCAUCAUCGCCGGGGUCGCCGCCGCGGCCGAGGUUUAAUCUCUACCGCGAGGACGGUUUGCACUUUGUCGACCGCGCGUACGACGACGUCCUCUUGCCGGUCAUCAAGGCUGCGUUGGAGCGCGCGUUGGGGGAGGUGAAGGCGGCGCGGGGGGAGGGCGAGGCGGCGCACUUGCCGCCCGGGAUGCGGCGAUAG